AUGAAAUCUCAUAAAGUGAAAACUAAUAAUUUAGAAAAAGGACCUUUAGUUACUAGCUAUGUGCGCACAAACGAAUUAAGCUAUAAUUUUUUUGGAUAUAUGGAUAUUGCAACUGAAAAGAGAAGCUCUAUAAAGCGUAUGUUUUCAGGAACUUUUAUUAUAUCAUUAAUUAUUUUUUUUUACAUAUUUCUACAAUAUGAACAUGAAUUAUUAAGAAAUGAUAUUAAAAAACAAUAUUACAAUGAAUAUCACUCGAGAAUAUUUGCAGAAAAAAAAGGAUUUUUUAAAAAAAAAAAAAAAGAAGUAUCUUAUUAUCUUGAAAAAAAAAUUUUUGAAGAUGAACUUAACGGAUAUUAUGAAAAUAAGAGAAUCAUUAUGUUGGGUAUGUUUUUUAGUAUGAAAGAAGAACUACUACAUUCUCCUCAAUUAGAUAGAAUUCCUGAUUUUAUAAAACACGAAAUAUGGGACGUGUGGUCUUACUUUUCACAUAUAUUUAUAUCUCAGUUGGAAUUAAAAGAACAGGAAGAUAUUAGAAAUAUAGAAGAAAACGGUUACUUGCAUACGGAAACUGUAAAUCUGUGUAAGGAAAUGACUGAGAAAUGGUUUAAUAUGCGCUUAAAAUUAACGAAUAUAUAUGUUCGAUUCUUACAUUAUUCAUUCAUGAUAUGGAAAUAUGAUAAAUCACGAGCACAUGUUUCAGUUACAUCUAAAGGAAGAGUAAAACUAUUACAUGAUGGAAUAUUAGGAAUGCCAGGUAUGGAACUAAUUAGGUUACCUGAUGGAAAUCUAAGAAUACAAGAAAGAGAAUCAGAAAGUUCUUCUGAUUCAUCAGAAAGAGUAACAAGAAAACCUGUUCAAGAAUCAUUAGAUGCACUAAAAAAUUCAUUGGAAAUUCCACGAAUCCAGGAUCAAAAUUUAGAAGAAGAAGAAGAACCUAUAGAAGAAAAUAGAAGUACAAGAUGUUCAUGCUUCGGAAACUUAUUUAGAAGGUGUAAAUAG